GUUCCCGGUUGCGCUCUUCUUCAACUCUCUCUUCUUCUCUCUCUUGCCCACUCUCCUGGUCAACUUCUCCGAACAUCUUCCUCCUGUUGAGCAGGUUCUGGUGUCUCAGAAGACAGCGAAGAAUUGGAACCAAAAGGUUUCAUUGGAUGAUUCCUGCUUUUUGCUGAUUCAGCACAGAUAAACCCUUUCGACUGUAAGGUCGAGACUUGGAUAGCUCUCAGCGGAGCUUCAUUAAAACAAAUUGGAUAUGGAAUCUGUGCCCUUGUUUGAAGAUUAUGUUCCUGAUGAAGAUGUGUUUAUCCCUUUUGAUUUCCCUGAGAAUCUUAAUGACAGCCUCCUCAUGCAGGGUAUCGGAAAUUCAAGCGAGAACAUCUCAAGAAGCAAUCUGCUCAAGCGUCUUCAGCCCUACAUGAACAACCGGGCUAUUGAUGACGGCCCUCUCAUUGUUCUUUUGAUUAUUUACGUCAUUCUUAUUGUUGCUGGAGCUACGGGCAAUGGAUUAGUUUGCGCUGCUGUUGCAAGAAAACCUGCAAUGCGAACAGCUCGCAACAUUUUCAUAAUAAAUCUUGCGAUUUCCGAUUUGAUCUUAUGUCUUUUUACGAUGCCAUUCUCUCUGGUUGAGAUCAUGAUGAAAUUCUGGCCACUUGGCGUUUUGCCCUGCAAAUUGGUUGCUGGAUUGCAAGCUACCAGCAUUUUCGUGAGCACUAUCAGCAUCACAGCAAUUGCUUUGGAUCGAUAUAAAGUCAUUGUCUAUCCUACUCAGGAGACUUGUCGUCCCCUUCGUGUGUUUUUUACCAUUUUCUGCAUAUGGCUCGUUGCACUGUUACUGGCAUCUCCUUUGUUCGUUUUCAGAACGGUUGUUCAUUUCCCAGUAAAUCUUCCUUGGUUGAAAUCAGUGAACUAUUGCAUUGAACGCUGGCCUAUUCAACAUGGCCGUGGAUUUUAUUCUGCUUUCUCUAUGGUGUUUCAGUACUUGCUCCCUAUUUUCAUUGUCAGUAUGGCUUAUGCUCGUAUCUGUCGUAAACUCGAAUGUCGAAUGAAUAACAAGGGUACUGCACUUCAGGAGAAGCAUGAACGGGAUAAGAAACGCGUAAGGAAGACUAAUGUUCUUCUGGUUUCCAUUGCUCUCAUCUUUGGUUUCAGUUGGUUGCCUCUGAAUAUCUUAAAUGUUGUUGCUGAUUUCUUCUACCCGUUCAAUGAAAAUGCGACUUUCCGCAUUGUCUUCGCUUGCUGCCACAUGGCCGGUAUGAGUUCUGCUUGCUCCAACCCUCUUCUGUAUGGAUGGUUGAAUGAAAAUUUUAAGAAAGAGUUCAAAGAGAUCUUUGCUAAAUGCUUUAAAUCACCACCUCAACCACCCCAACCAAGAAGAUCAAAUACCAGAGUUGAAGGUUUUGUUCCUGGAAUCUAAAGAAACAGUUAAGCGAAGUAUGCAAAUGCACUUCGUGCAACUGUUUUACAUUCCUUGAAAGUCCUGGUCGUCUCAAACUUCAAAAAUGUCCUCAACUUCAUAACUGGUCCUUAUUUGCAUUCCAAAAGAUGUCAAUAGUUCCAUUCGCGAUUUCCCUUCAUCUACAAUAGCUAUCAGUGAUAUUAACGGUAGAAAAUCAAGAAUAAGCUGUCAGAAAUAUAGUUGGAAUUUCUCAACUGGUUAAGUUGCUUCAAAAAAUCUUUAUGGAACUCUUGUUAAAUUUUAAAAAAUCCAUCAGCUCACUAUUUAUGGAUUUUACCCAUCAAAAGUUAACGGUUCAAUCGUUCUUUCGUCUUUCAAACGUUCGCUCACAAGUCAACCUAUAUAACUACAGUCCAUAAAGGUUAAGUAUUCAUAAGUAUUAUUCAUGAUACAAUCUUCAGAUUUAUUUUAUAAAAUAAUCGUAUAAAAUAAUAAAUGGAUUUUAAAGCAACAGAAUAUCCAAACCUUAAAUUCAGCUGAUUGCUUAUGUGUUGAAACAUAUAAGCAAUCACCAAUACCAAUCAAUAGUGUUAUGCAUGGAGUGGUAAGAUUUUAUCAAUAUUAGGCAAUCAUUAAAUAGAUUUUUAAAAAAGAACAAGUUUGUUUUCAAAACAAUAGCAUACAUGUAAUUUUUACAUACUCGCCCUUUAUCAAAAAAGAAAAAAAAAUUACUCGAUUAACAUUUAAAUGCUCUUUAUUAUUUUCACAACGCAUUCGAAAUUUAUCUAACAUGCAGGCACUAAUGUAGUAAAAACCAAAAUCUUUUGAAAAAAUGCCCUACCGUUUUGAUUAUGAAAUGUGUAAUUAAUGUAGACGAGUAUUCUUUUUUAUCAUAUAUGAUUUAACAUUUUGAAAUGUGCAAUUAAUGUAGUCGAGUAUUCUUUUUUAUCAUAUAUGAUUUAACAUUUUGCAUACAUUAUUU